AUGGGAUUUGGGAGAAGAGAAGCAUCCUCGUCAGGAAACCUUCUACCAAGAGAAGAUAAUCCUCUCAUUGCCAAGUCCGACCCUUUAUCCUCUCAAUCCAACACUUUUGGAAAUGUCUCCAUUGCUAUAAUCGGUGCAGGUGUUCUUGGUCUAACUUAUGCUUUUAAACGCACUGGUUGGCUUAUGGGUCUUAUAAUGAUUUUCUCUGUUGCUGGUUUAACUAAUUAUUGUAUGAUGUUGAACUUCAAUCUGGUGAAUUCACAAAGAUUAACUCUUUUAGUUAUCUGGGUUUCAUUGUCUGUGGUUCUACUGGGAGAGUUGGUACAUAUGGGGUUGUUUUCCUUUCAACUGGGGUUAAAUGCUCUUCCAACGUUGACCCACUUGGCUCCUUUAAGCAUUUUUGCCGAUGUUGUUGAUCUUGCUGCCAUGGGAGUGGUGAUUGUUAAGGAUGUUUUUACCAUGAUGGAAAAUAAGCCUGAAGUUAAAGCCUUUGGAGGUUUUUCUGUGUUCUUCUAUGGGAUAGGUGUGGCUGUUUAUACAUUCGAAGGGGUUGGCAUGGUUUUGCCAAUAGAAUCUGAAACGAAAGAGAGGAAAAAGUUUGGGAGAAUCUUACCAGUGAUAUAUGGAGUUUUUGGUGUCUUGGGUUACUUUGCUUCUGGAGAUGACACUCGGGAUAUUAUCAGUGGCCUCUUGGUUCGAUUGGUUCUUUUUAUUAAUCUGUUCCUCACAUUUCCUUCGAUGAUGAACCCUGUUUAUGCGAUGGUGGAGAGAAGGUUGCUGUGUUGGACGUAA